GCCACUGCUGCAGACUCGGCCGCCAUGGAGGCGGCCAUCGCCAUGAUCGAAGCCAUGAAGAACAAACUCAAAGAUCCAAAUGCUCCGUAUUUCCCCAUGCCGUAUCCUCUUCUUCCUCUUGGCACCUUUGAGAUCAUCCAUGACACUGAAGUUGAUCUGCAUGAUGACCCAGAGAACCCAAUAAUUUGGAAGGAGUACACUCGGAUACAAGGUAAUCUUGUGUUGAAGCGUGCUGGGAGAAAGAAGGGUGGUGUAGAGAUGUACAAUAACGUGAAGGAGGAAGGAGAAGGCAGUAGCAGCGGCGGCCCUAGGCGUGGCCGUCUUGUGAUGGAAACGAAUGCACAAGCUCAAGCUUAUUAUCGCAGCCUGCGCAACAAUGGCGCCUCAGCUGGUGGUGCUGCGCAACAAUAUAUGGCCCUGCCGUCGCUGCUGCCGGACGUCGUGCGCGCGCGCGGUCGCCGUGCCGUUGCUCGAUCGCGCUCCGGACGGUCAGCGCCGCCGCGUCCGGCAACAUCCUCGCCGGAGCUGGGCAUGCAAGAUGCAGUGAACCAGGUACGUAUGUUUUUCAGAACAGCAUUUCAUGCAGUGCAGCAGAAAUAAUUAGAGUGCCACCAUAUAUAACACAAUUGUACGUAGAGAGCUUUCUGAUGGAAUUUUUCUGGGCUUGGGACCAGUCAAACAGUACUGUAACACUAACACCCCUAAGCAUGAUAGCACCUGAGUUUUGCAAGCUAAUGCAGCAUUAUUAAACAGUGCUAAUUAGCAAAUGCCCUCCAGGGAAUUUGGAAACUCCUAGCCAGUGUGUUUUCGUCGCUGCUGAUUUGUGCAGAUAGAGGCUAGCUAGUCAUCUAUAACUGAUAAAGUGUCUAAUCUGUGUGGAAACUUUGAUUAAGAUAUUCAAAAUUUCAGAUGCAAAUGCAAUACAGAUAUGAGGAACUAUU